GUUGCUUUGCCUUGCAGAUCUGGAAGCCUUCCAUUCUGACUACCAAGCAUUGGUGAUCCACUGUGUGAACUGCCAGUGAGUGUUUCUUUUUGCUGAAUGGAACAUGGUUCCAGAGAAGGCGUCUCUUUCACCCUAGCAAGGCCACCGGGUAAGGGUGUCUGGGAGCACUCUGUGGUUUGGAAUGGCAGCAUGCUUUUUGUCCAACUGCAGGCCCCAGCUGACCCUGGAGGAGCUUUUGCCUGCCUCCACCCCUCCCCAGGCGCUGGACCUUCUGAAACAGCUCUUGGUGUUUAACCCUGAGAAAUGGCUAACAGCGGAGGAGGCGCUGGAGCAUCCCUAUGUGCAAAGGUUCCACUGUGCUGCCAAGGAGCCUGCUCUAGACCACAGUGUGACCCUUCCUCUUGCCGACGAUGUGCAGCUCUCGGUGGCGGAGUAUUGCAAUCGGGUUUAUGAGGUAAUGCCCUGCCCCAGCACAGAACAGAUCCAAGGGGCCUUUAGCCAUAAUCUUGGAAGAACCCUUAAUGGCCAGAGGGCUGAGAGAUGGCACGUCCUGUUCUUCAAAAUGAAGGAAAAAGGAGAAUCCAGGAAUUUACUCCUGACAUAACCAAGAAACUUCUAGACAGUUGUUCAUCACAAUUCCUCUUUAAUAUCUUGAAAACAAACCAGUGUCAGUUUGAAUGUGUCAAGCUAACUUUACCUCCCUUUAGGAUUGAGUAAGGCAGUAAAUCAUGGGAGUGUUGCAGGCACAGUAUUACAUGAUUUCAGCAAAGCUUUUUGUGAAAUAUGUCAAGGCAUUCUGAUUAGUGUGUUACUGAAAUGCAAAUUAAUCCCAGCUUGGUGUCUCAGCGUGUUCAGUGAAAUGGAGAGGGUCAAAAGAAGUGUUACAAAGUUUAGUAUUUUAAUAAUAAAGCCUGGAUGAGCAGAGCAGAGGGUGCACUUACCAGAUUUUCAGAUGACAGAGAAUUUGGUGAGAUACCACUGAAGUCAGAAACAAAAUUUAGAAUGGCCCUGUUAGUUAAAGAAGUGGUUGAAAAAAAGAAAAGGAAGCUUAACAUAAAUAAAUGCUAAGUUCUUCACUUAGGAAUCAUGUGGUAAGGGCCCAGUGUAUAGGACAAGGUAUGCCUGGCAUGGUGAUAUUCUAAAAUGCAGAAAGACGGAUUCCAGACAAACUUUAGAAAAAGCUUCCUAACAGCCAGAGCAGUUUGACAGUGGAGGCAGAUGUUUCGAUAGUAGGCCAGUUCCCUUUCAGUAGAAGUGUUCAUGGAGACACUGGACCACCAUGUGUUGGGUGUGCCUGGAUUUUGAUUUGCUUGGCCUUGAGCAGGGGGUUGGAAUGCAUGGCCUAAAUGACCUCUUCCAGAACUAGCAUUCUGUGAGGG